GGGAUGAAGUAAACACUCAACAUGGAUGGUUUCUAACUUCUUUCGUUCGGAUUUUAGAAUAAAUUGUAAAAAAUGCUUUAGCAUUAUUUAGGAGGAACCAAAUAAAAUACAUAAAAUGUCGUCAGAAAGGGUCGAAUGGGUGGAGAUUAUAGAACCGAAGACAAAGGAGCAUAUGUAUGCUAACCUAACAACUGGCGAGUGUGUAUGGGAUCCUCCUGAGGGUGUAAAGGUGAAACGUACAGAUUCAUCACAAUGGUGGGAAUUAUUCGACAUAAAUACUCAUAGAUUUUAUUACUAUAAUGCUUCAACACAGAGUACUGUGUGGCACAGACCUACAGAUUGUGAUAUUAUCCCCCUAGCAAAGUUACAAACUUUAAAGCAAAACACUGACCCUCAAAAAAGACGAGAGACAGCAACGCAAACAAGUCAAGCUGUGCCGCAGAUGGCCGCUACUCUAGAACCGAUUAGUAGCAAUGGCAACAACACCGUGGCGAGUGUCAGCAAACUGUCUCCGAGCAAUACCAAGAAUGUCACUAUCACACAAACCAGCCCCGUGCGUACUAGGAGAACUCACUAUCAUCACAGGAAUAGUGGGGAGAGUAGGCGUGGACGGCUAAGUGAAGACGGCACCACUGCCAUGUGUCGCCACACAGAUUCUGGUCGUUCUUCGGAUAGCAGCAUUAGCAGUGCGCAGCAGCGGCGUAAGCAGGAGCUGAGCAGUGGCGCGUGUAGUGCGAGCGCGUGUACGCCGCAACUGCGCAAGCGCACGAGCGCGCAAACCGCUCACCCCGCUCACCCCGCUCACCCCGUCCACCCCACUCACCCUGCGCCACCCCACGAUGGCGACAAAUGGUCUCCGCACUCCGGUCUUAAUCGAAGCGGCAGUUUCGUGUCGCCUCGGAAGGAUGCCUCAGAUGAUUCCAUGCACGAAAAGUAUUUUAAAUCCGUCGAAAGCACACCUUUAAUGAGACGUAAGUUAAAACAGCAAUCAACCGGGGGUUCGUCAUGCGAUUCAGCGUCACCACAGAGUCCGAGCAGUCCAUUGCAGAAACCACAACCCACACCAUUCUUACAGGCGAGCGCGGCGCGGCCGUCGCUGGUGUCGUCCAUCUCGCUGGCGGCGGACGGCGCGCGCGCGCUGCACUCGCUCGAGCGCCCGCAGCCGCUGUCGCGACACGGCCGCGAGCGCUUCUCCGACAGACACCUAGACAAAGAACGUCUCGCGGAACUCGAACGUAUGGAGCGGUACCCGGAGAAACAAGCCGUGUACAGUGUGGACAAACCCUUCCGUCAAACCAGCCUCGACCUUCGGCACAACGCAUCUAGCUGGCAUCCGCCUCGGGAGUUCACGAGGCGGCAGCAGGCGGAGCCGGAGCGCUACUCGUCGAGCAAGGCGUCCGUGUCGUCGGGCGGCAGCGGCAAGCACCGCGCGCCGCACGAGCCGCACAACUUCACGCGCCUCGCCUCCGCCAUCGAGCAGGACAACGUCGCCGCCGUUAAUUAUAAACUGAAAUGCGUCAAUUUGGAACCCGCUCUAACGGAGCCCAAUGUACAGAAGCACAAUCAACGCCUAGAAAGAACUUCAACGCCACGGGACCGAACAAAAUCACGUCGGCAUAAGCGGCCUGUAGAAGAAGAUCCGCAAGUGGACGGCGAGGACGAAGACGACGAAGGAGGUGGCUCACCUCUUUAUUGCAACUGGGACCUGCGUGGCAUGCAACACUUAUUGCCUCUGCAGGACUAUAUUAUACAACAAGCUAAACUGUCUAGUCGAGGACGCUACGCAGCCGGGUCGGAGUCGGACGGCGAGUCGGGCACGUCGCGGUCCCGGUCCGGGUCGGAGUCCCGGUCGCUGUCCGGUCACGAGCCGGACAACGAGUCGUCGGACGGCGGCGCGCGGACGCCGGACGACGACGACGGCUCCGGCGUGUACCUGCCGCACACGUACGCGCACCGCCCGCAGGACGUCGAGUACAUGAACCACGGCGUCUCGUACUACAACACGUUCGUCGGGUUCGAGCGCGACCGGCAGCCCUCGCCCGGGAUACAUAGGACGUCGUCUUUGGGUGGAGGAGGCAACAGUGCGGGCGCGGGCGAGGCGAGCGGCGCGCGCGCGGACGGCGCGCUGUACAGCCCAGUGCGUGCGCAUGCGCACUCGCACCCGCACCCGCACGCGCACGCGCACCCGCCGCCCGAGCAGGACAUCGAGAUCUUCGCCAAGGACAACCUCAACUUCAAUAAGGGAAUAUUCAGGAGGAAGGCGUCGGUCCGCGACAUGCUGUCGUGGACGUCGUCGUCGAUUAGCGCGCCGAUGGUGGGCGCGGAGUGGGACAAGGCGCACAAGAAGGCCGCCAUCGACCUGUUCCGCCUCGUGCAGAUCUACAUGGGCGACCGCAAGGCGCGGCCCGGCAUGACGCUCAACUCCGUCGCGCAGGACAUCCUGCACGCCACCUUCAGCAACGAGAAACUCCGAGAUGAACUCUACGUUCAGCUAUGCAGACAGACAACGGAAAACCCUCUCCGAGAUUCGCUCCUCCGCGGCUGGGAGCUGCUCGCGGUCUGCCUCGCCUUCGUGCCGCCUUCUCCUGCCUUCCAGCCCGCUCUUACUAAUUACGUUAAUAGACAUCGAGAUCCGGCAUUUGCCGACUGUUUUCCAGAGGUUGGUAAAUGGCCGAUCCACGUUCAAGUAUCACACUAUGCGAGCGUAGCAUGUAAAAGACUUGAAAGAAUUGGAUUCGGAGGAAAGAGGCCGCCGCGGAAACCAAGCACUGAAGAUAUUGAUCAAGCUAGAAUCCAGAUCUUCCGGCAGUCGAUGUUCGGCAACACGCUGGCGGAGGUGAUGGCGCUGCAGCGUGAGCGGUUCCCGGCGCGCGCACUGCCAUGGGUGCAGACGGCGCUGUCGCAGCAGGUGCUGGCGCUAAGCGGCCGCGAGACCGAGGGCAUCUUUCGCGUUCCCGCUGAUGUCGACGAGGUCAACGCGCUCAAGGCCAAGAUCGAUAACUGGGAACUGCCCGACGCGACCAUGCUCACCGACGCGCACGCGCCGGCCAGCCUGCUCAAGCUGUGGUACCGCGAGCUGUACGAGCCGCUGAUCCCGGACGCGCUGUACGGCGCCUGCGUGGCGGCCGGCGGCGACUUCGGCGCCUGCUCGCGCGCGCUGCAGCGCCUGCCGCCGCUCAACCGGCUGGUGCUGACCUACCUGAUAAGCUUCCUGCAACAGUUCGCGGCCCCGGAGGUGGUGAGCCAGACCAAGAUGGACUCAUCGAAUCUGGCGAUGGUGUUCGCGCCCAAUUGCUUGCGCUGCACGUCGCCCGACCCACGCGUUAUUCUGGAAAACGCGCAUAAAGAGAUGACCUUCCUCAAGACUCUCAUCACCAACCUGGACACGUCGCACGUGCGCGACCUGCUGUGACCGAAUGAUCCAACCAAUCUCAACCUCUGCAACAACAACGUCGUCGGCGCCACCUAGCGACUGUUGCGUGUAAACCUUUACGAAAU